GUCUGUCAGUCAGAUGGAAAAAAACAAUGUGAAUUUGUGAGUGAGUGAUAAGUAAAAAUAUGUCUAAAUCUAAAAGUUGAUAGGCCUUCAUGAAGAGAAUUAUUGAACAAAAAAACGCGUUCAUAACUGGACUUAUGAACGACGGCGGGGGAACAAUGCCUCAUAUAGAGAAGAUGCAGGCGCGAACAGGGAAGGAGACAAUACAUUCUGGUCAUUUCAUGGUGUCGCACUUUGAAGCUGAGGCCCAAGAUGAUUUCGAUGAUUUGGCCGUUCCUGUACCAGAUGAAGAACAAAAUGUUCAGAAAGUAUCAGUGGUGGCGACGUACACGGUUCCAGGGUCCAAAGAACCUCCCUCAUUGUUUGAUAAAGAAGAUAGUAAACAACAUCAACAGCUUUCCAUUGAGAUAUCCCUUACAAAGUUAUUUAAAUGUAUGACUUUGGCUUACAGACAAAAACUAACUUCACCUAAAUGGAAUCGUUUCAAAGGUAUAAAACUUCGGUGGAAGGACAAGAUCAGAUUGAACAACGUCAUAUGGAGAUGCUGGCACAUGCAGUUUAUUAAGAAACAAAAUACUCUGGUGUGCCAGUUUGCAUCGCCGUUGGAUGUGGAUACUCAUGUUAAGCCAGAGACAACAAUAUUAGAGGGGAAGUACUGGAAACGUCGAGCGGAAGCAGUUAUAGCAGAAUAUAAAAAAUGGCGAAUGUUUCAUAUAAUGCGUCUCCUGGGGAAAGGGGACACCUCCGUCCAGGAUGCGAUAUCGGACAUGGACACGGUGGAGUCGUUCUCGCAGUGCAGCGACUUCGCGGCGAACAUGCUCACGGACGAGGACUACCUGACCUUCAUGAGUGACACGCUCUUCUCCACCAUCUCCAGCCACCAGCCGUUCGCGUUCCCGGACCCGAGGGAGAUCGCAAGAGGUGCCAGCUUAGCAGACUUCAUACAACCAAGUUUAGGGCCACUUCAACCUAAUCUUGACGAUUUUAUGGACACAUUGGAGCCUCUCCAAGACCUACUGUCAACUCCACGCCUGCCGCCGGUGCCCGAGGAGCCAGCUCUCCCGGCCGAGGACAACAUGUUCCGAAACAGUAUGAACGUGGACUCGUACGGGCACGGCUACGACCUGUCCGCCACGCACGCCAGCGCCACCAUGCCCCCCAGCCAGAUGACCAUUCACGGUUCACCCAAUAAUACUCAAAUGAUGUCGAUGUCCGAUCAAGCAGUAAAGAACGAGCACAUGCAGAUGUACGACAACAACCGGUUGUACGUACAGACGGACAUGCAGAAUAACAUGGCCAACCAGGAGGUGAUGCCCUACUCGUACGAACAGAGCCCGCCGCAACCACAGACGAGUCAGAUGCAGAACAACGUGUUCGAGUCUAAACGAGUGCAGUAUACCUCUAAAGUUAUAUCACAACCGGAUCCCGCCUACAAGUAUAACGCAGUCGUGCCACCCUCUCAAACGGCACCAGAAACCGUGUCACUACUGCAGCAACCAGUGCAAAAUCAAAAGUACGCUUCCACCAUCGUCAUCCAGGGUCGAAGCGGUUACGCUCGAGAGAAACCACGGCCGAGGCUGGCCAUGUACUCGAGCCAGCUUCCCAACAACCAAUAUACGAACUAUGGGCAGCAGAACUCGAACCCGAACUCUCAAGUCGAUAGGACUCAGGCGAGGCCACAGCAGAUGCACUACUUACAGCCGAACCCAGUGGAAUCGUACAAAGCGAAGCCGACGAACACUGUCAAUGCGCGCUCGUUCAAGAUGCCUUCGCCGCCUCUGACAAAUUCUUCGCAACAGCAGGGUACGUCCACCGCGGGGCGGAACAAGGAUCAGUACCGCUCGCACAGUUUACCCCUGGGCGCGCAGCUCAACGCCGACUGGACGGUGAGCGCGCCCGCGCCCGCGCCCGCGCCCGCGCCCGCCCCCUCGCCCGCGCCCGCGCAGACGCACGAGGCCGCCGCCGCCGCCGCGCAGAGGCACAGCGCUAGGGCACGCGAGUUAAACACGGGCACGCUUCGUAUCCGCUCGCGCUCGUCGUCGAGCGGGCUGCUGGAGGCGGCGGGCGGGGCGCCGGGCGCGCGCCGGCCGCCGCCGCUCUGCAGCGUCGCCUCCGAGCCCGCGCUGCCGCAAGCCAGCGUCAUGCUCGCGCAGCUGCUGAGCGCGCAACACUCCCAAAGUGUAUACAAACUAAACAGUCCCGCGGACGACGGCGACCCGAAGUCCCCGCACCGGCGCGGCCAGCCCUCGCCCAUCGGCAGCGACGUCAUGUCCCCCCACCAGAGCCUUUCACCUCCCGUGUCUCCCGACGGCGAGCGAGCCGGCUCACCCCGCGAAGCGCGCCGCACGCACAUGCACGCGGAACAGAAGCGGCGCUACAACAUCAAGACCGGCUUCGACACGCUGCAGGCGCUCAUACCGCACCUCAACGCCAACCCUGCCGCUAAGAUAAGCAAAGCUGCCAUGCUACAAAAAGGAGCAGAGUACAUAAAACAGUUGAAAGCUGAGAGAAACCAAAUAAAAGAGGAAAUGGAAAGUUUACGACAGCAAAUCGAAUGUUUGAACAAUUCUAUAUCCAACUGCCACUCGCUGCUGCCGGCGACGGGCGCGCCGGUGUCGCGCGCGCGCGCCGGGCGGCUGCGCGAGAUGUUCGCGCGGCACGUGGCCACGCGCACCAUGCACACCUGGAAGUAUUGGCUGUUUAGCGUGGUGUGCGCGGCGCUGGUGGACUCGUUCAGCGCGUGCGUGUCGUGCGGCAGCGGCGCCGACCUCGUGCGCACCACGCUGCUGUGGGCCGAGCAGCACUGCUCGCUCGUCGAGAUGCGACCAGCGGUCCUGAACUCCCUCCGCGUGCUGUGCACCACCACCGACAUCCUGUCGGCGCCCGAGCGGCUGCCCGAGGAGGCGCGCGCCGCCGCGGCCGGCAGCGCCGCCGUCAAGACCGAGCCCACAUAACGCACGGCCCGCAGGUUCCCCCUUCACUAGUACUACUAGUAGAUGCUACUUCACAACUCUGUACCGAAUACUCUUCGUGAGAUAGCUGUCUCACUGCCGAAGCGGAACGGAAUGUUAUAGUUCGUUUUUUAGCAUUAGAAAAAAGGUAAACAAUCUUGAUGUGUCUUUUAAUGGGGUUGGCUACUGUCAAGGGUUUGCAUAGAUGGCUAUGAAGCUUGCGCCUUUUUCUAUAGUCAGACCGUAAAAAGUGUGCAGCGAUUUUGAUAGCCCAUGCAGUGCAAGUGUCAUUUUAAACGUCAAACUUCUAUGAAAUUAUGACGUACAAAUAACACUUACACUGCGUGGGCUAUCAAAUCCGCUGCAGACUUUUAUUGGUGCGACUAUAUGAGAUUUGGCUUAAAGGGCUGGCAUCCAGGGUAUUAAAUUAAAAACAAAAAUUUGACACAAUUAUAGGGAUUUACAGGGCAAGCUAUGAUGGCGCCAUCUGCUAAAAACUUCCACCGGCCAACCCCAUUGUAAAGCACGUUUUAAAAGUAACUCACGGCAAAUAUGUAACAAUUAUGAAUCUAAUACGAUCAUUUAUAUUCUUUUGCUUUCAUAAGUAAUAGUUACUAAUUUUUAAAAAGCGUUUUUCAAUUAAAAGACUUGUCAAAAUCGCUUACAUUCUUUCUAAUGCUAAAAAAAACGAACUAUAAAGGUCGCUAUUAAUGUAAAUAGUCAGUGAUGAAGAAUUGUUAUAUGGAUCUCUUUUAUUCACACGUGUAUUUUAUUAUUCUUGAGCAAAUAGUUGAUAUAGCACGUCGCUUCUUCGUCGGCAGUGGGACGGCUGCUUGUAUUGCCUAGAAAAUAAUACAGAUGUAGUACAAGAUGUUUGGUGAGUGACGUGUCAUCCUGAUAUUUUGUUACGGAAUUGUUUCACGAAUUUUAAGUCGUAGGUUUUUCUUGAUGCGAGUGCACUAUUUGAACGAAAUGUCCCCGUUGUCUGUUGUACUUAUAUCGAUUAUUAGAUUAUUGUUGUUAUUUUAAUUAUUACAGUUAAUAACUUUUUGAUUUCUCUCACUUGUUAAAUCUGGCACUUUUUUAUUUAUCGCUUUAUAACUAUGAAUGUAUAUUUAUGUAUUUAAAUUCUUAAAACACGUAUUUUCACCGGAUUUAUUUUUAUAUCGUCGCACUUAUAAAUCAGAUGACAAGUUAAACAAAUGAACUUUAAUAGUGCCCUCACAUCGCAAAAAUUUCGCGACUGCCUCUUGCAAAGAGAGUAAUAUUACAUAGUUAUGUUGUAUGGUAUUGUUUUAGGCAUAGAAUGUACAAAUACCUCAUAAAAUAACUAGUAUCCAUUACAGUUGAUACAAAAAAAAACAUUUCGACGGAUAUUUAUAACUUUUUUACGCAAAUGGCUCGAAACUUUUUAUGCCGCUUUAGAAAAUUGUUCGUGAUAAUGAUAAUAUAAAAACCAGGGUGUCUUAAUUGUUAAUGCUUCAUAUUUUAUACGUAUUCAAAAUAAAGAGGUAUUUGCACACAAAAUUUUAUUGACGAUUGGCGAGUGUGCAUAAAUGCAAAUAGUUGGUGUUCACUUGCAAUUGAAUGAAUAUUGUACAACGCACAAAAUUAGUGGAGAGUAAGCUGGCCCCACGCCAGUGGAUGAGGUUUCGUGUAAAGCCUAUCAUUGAGGUACUUAAAUUUAAAAAUCCAGGGACGGUGAUAGGUGAUCUAGAGAAAAUUCUUGUAUCGAGCAUUUCUAGUUCUCUUUUUCUCCAACAAUUCGAAGAAAAUAUCACUUCUGGCAGCUGAACUUUUUCGAUGUAUACAAAUCUUCAUCAGACCAAUAUUGGAGGAAGUAAUUGCCACAAAUAACUUUAAAUUUGGAGUGUAAAUAUAUCUGUAUAUAUUUGAUUUAACAUGUGGCGUUAAUCUAGUGCCUUUAACUGACGUUUUGUCAUCCUGCAACAAGGGUGAUUUCUUUAUGUUUUUACCAAAGAAGUAGUAGUUUUCAGUUAUGUAUGAUAAUGAUAUGUUAUUAACAAGCACACGACGUACCUAGAUCAGACAUUGUGAACUAUACCCGUCCUACCCGGCGAGCCGUGAAUGCCAAUACUUAUAAUACGAUAAGAGAAAAUGAAUUUAAUGAUGUCGAGAUUUAUUUAGACUAAAUUGUAAGUAUAUUUACGUAAGUGCCUACUUUAAGUAAAUAUUUUUAUAUGGAUUGUGUGGUUACACAAAUGUUUUAUAUUUAUAUAUAUAAAUCGGUGCCAACGUAAAUAUAUUGUUGUAAUUUGUUAUGUAGUGAUAUAAUUUUAUGAUGUAUCGUUGUCUCAGAGGGCGCCCGCGCCGCGAGCUUUAACGAGGAAUGUGCAAUCGUUGUUCUAUUGGAAUACAGUUUGGAAACAAA